GCGAAGGAUAAGGUUAGGGGAACUCUGUUCACAAGGACCACUUUCUCUCUCAAGCUCACCAGGACCGUCCACCAGCUAAGAUGUUGCCGAGCCAGAGAGCCGCCGGGUACUUGGUGCUGGCCAUCACCCUGUUCCAGUGGCCAUCUGAGAUGGCCCUCCAGGCAGAGGCGUUGCAGGAGCAGCAGCAGCAGCAGCAGCUGCCCUUUGGCCGGUCUCUGGCCCAGGGCAUGGUCCCUCCUUCCCCCUCCCACAAUGAGAAGUCAGCCAUGGAUCUAGCGAGCAAGCUCCUGCUUUUGGAUGAGCUGGUGUCCCUCGAAAACGAUGUCGGCGAAACCAAGAAGAAGCGCAGCUUCUCUGGCUUCGGCUCCCCUCUCGACCGGCUGUCUGCUGGUUCUGUGGAUCUGAAGACCAAGCAGAGGAAAGUGGUGGACCUGCCGAAGAGGCGGUUUGGAAUUCCUCUAGACCGAAUUGGAGGGAACCGUCUGAACAAUUCCAGAGGUGAGCAGAUGUGGGUAUGAUCAAUUCAUCAAAGGUCCAUGUGGGUCUGCUUGAAGCUCCUUCUGUGUGUGCUGCCUGCUGCAGCCGGCGGACUCCACUGGA